AGAGCCGGUAACAUCAGCAAGUCAGCAGGCUGCUCGUGAUAGACUCUGCAGCUGGCUUAUAACAGUUACUGGAAGAACUUAAAGAAGUGACGACAGCACAAAUAGUUGGAAACCUUAAGUGGCAAGUAUGCAGUAUAUACAAACUGUACUUCGCCUCUGUUGCGGUCGAGUUAUGGCGGAUCUGGACACAUUUUGAGGUGGGUUCUGCUCGGAAGCUUGGAAAGUCGUGAGUAAACGUUUCCUGAUGCCUUUCCAGGUGCCCGGCAGCCGGCUGGCUCUGCGUCGCUGAGCGGCGGGAACUCUAUUGCAAACCCUCUGUGGCAGAAAGGAACGUAUUGCUCACCCUUUGCACUUUCGGCUAGUAAUCUACAAGUCUAAAACAGCUUCAGCUGUCAUUAUGUUGAGUAUACGCCAACGUUUUUCACUAAUAGACUAAUUUAAACCACAACAUUAUGGUUGUUUUUAUUUUCAGUACUAGAAUAAUAAUUCACAUUCUUCCUCAGUUAAAUGUUCAUGCAGACUUAAUUACUGAAUGUUUUGUUACAGGCGUUUCAGUGGCAUAAAAUGGUAAACAUUAAGGAGGAUUACGAUAAUGUCGGUGGAAUGCGACUACGAUCGAACGGAAUCUGUUUAAUGUACCGCCAGAGGGCGCUGUCGCACAGCUGAACUUGCUCCCUACUGACAGCCUCGGAAUCUGGCCUGAUAAAGCAGCUGCGCUGCCUCGCCACUUGGAAGCGACCCAAAAGUGUAGAAACCAGAAAAAGCCCCCAUCCUCAGCACAUCCUCUUCCGCUUCCUGAACAUCAGGCAACAAUGUAACAUAAUGCGCCAAUGCAUCGAUUCAUAGCAAUUCAUUCAUGUCGAUAUUAAGGCGAUGAUUUAACGUCUCCAGGAAAUCCAUCUGACCAUUUACGGACAAGUCGAGUAAUUACGCUUUUCAGCUAUGCUACUUAAGUUUAAUGAAGAUCAGUGAAUUAUAAAUCGGUAUUAAUGAAUUACCUACCAAGCUAGAACACGGUUUAUAAUUCAGUUAGAGUUCUGUAAUGUGUCACAUUGACGCUUGAAAUAUUCAAUAACACAAAGGUAUUUUCUCAAACACACACAUAACCAAUUUCGCGCCCCCUCCCGUCCUUUGUUUCCUCUAUAAAGAUACCCCCCCCCCUUUUUUUUUCUUGGCAGCAAACAUGUUUUGCUUCGGGCUGAAUUUCCUUGAAAUUAUCUCACACUCACGAACGCGGUCUAUUUCUGGCCUUAAACAGCGGACGAAGAAAAAAAUAAAUAAAACAAAUGUUGGUGUGGGCGUGGCGGCAUAUGGGGCUGUUUGGGAUUAUAUUUGGGAAUAGAGGGAGACAAGGUUAAUGUCACCAGUGUCACCGCUGUCAUAUCCUGUGUCUCACACGCACUUCUGUCGUUAAGUGUUACCUCUUACUGCGCCGCCUCUGACUCAGGGGGCCAGAUUAAACCGGACCUCCAUCCAUCCCCUCAGCCAGCAUGUGAAUUCCUGUUCAAAAUGUAAUUAGCUAUUUGUGUAAGUUUCACGGUCGGAAAGACGCGCUAAUGAUCACAGCUGUCACUCCGUUGCGAGGUCAAUGAAAACUCUGCGGCCAGUGACCGUUAUAAGACCAAUGGGUGAAAUUUCUGAAAUUUCAAGAACAGUAUCGCCCAGAAUGUUAUUUCUGUGGUUCAUUUUCGCUCCGCACAAGGGUCGACAUCUAUUUGUCUUAAUAAAAUAUAAGAAUACCACGGCUAAUUCAGAUCUUAAAAGGAAUUAGACUGCAUUUUCAAGAAGAGCCAACUUAAUUGUCCCACAAUGUACUGUAAUAAAAUCCUGAUACUUUUUACAUUCUGGGGACAUUUUCCCGUCUCCACAAGGGAAAAUUCAAUUUUACGAUAAUCUCUGAAUGCAAUCCAAAAAACAGCCAACAUGGCCACAGAAGUACUGUAUUGUGUUUGAUUAAUUUUAUUUUAGUUAAUGAUAGGGCUCGGUAAGAGGAAAGGUUGUCUUUAGGGAUAUGCCCUUUAAGAUGAAUGGAGAUUCCCCACAAAGAUAUAGAUACCUAAUCUCUCUCUUUCUCUGUUUGUGUGCACUGUGUGUGUGUGUGUGCACUCUGUGUGUGUGAGCGUGCGUGUGUGUAUGUGCACUCUGUGUGUCUGUGUGCCUGCGCGCGCCCGGGGCACUCUGGUUCCCUCCUUGUACUGCGACAUGCAUUUAGCCUAAUUGGCGCCUCUAAAUCGCCCACCACCCAGCGCGUACCGCCUGCUUUGUGAGCCAAGCUGCCUGGGACUGACCACAGUACAUCGCGUUAAUUAGCUUCUCUGCCGGCCAGUCAUUCAGGGUGACCCUCUUUACCAUUUUUACGGCCAGUCCGAAUGAAUUACCCUGAUAAAGGGUUUAACCGAAAGAGCCUGUGGGAAGCGUUGCAUGUCCUUUCCUCGGCGGCCGAUGUCGGUGUGCAGUGCAUGUUCUGGGUGACUUUCUGAGCUACAAAGUGGAACGGGCCCCAUUGAAAGGUUCAGCUGUUUUUUCUGUAUUAAUUCAGCUGCGGAUCUUUUUAGUGUGUAAUCGCGGGAUUCUUGAGACCAUUAAUUGUUUUCGUUAAAUGUCUGAGAUAAAUUCUCGAUUUUAACGUUUUCUUUUUAAAAUGUCAAUUAUUAUUCAAGUUUAGCCCACGCUGGGAAAAACAUACUUAGCCCUAAUUAUACAAGAUCUGGGGAAUUCUGAACUACAGCUCCCAUAAACGCAGGAUCACUCUGGAGCCCCUUUCUCUGCUGGAGGAGGUUUGAAAAAAAGUUUGGGAAAGAAUCCCUGGAAUUUGUUUCCUGUGAAAUUUCUCCGGGGGAACGGGACAGGCGGAGCUGGCUGCAGAGGCAUGGAGGCGCAGGGAGACGCUGCCUUCCCCGACACGCCUGCGUCCCAUGUGCAGAUCCGCGGCGUUCGGCUCAUCUAACAGCGGCGGCGUCUCCUUCUCUACAUCCCGAUCGGCGCAGCACGUAGGGCGCUCAGAUCAUGGCAGAACCUCUGCUGAAGAGGACUUUCUCUCGGCUUCGAGGCAGAGACAGAUCCCGGAGGAAAACAGACCCGAAGCCUGAGGACAUCCCGGGGAACAACAACGUGUCAUCACCCCCGGCAGAGGUCGAGGCCCCCCCAUCUCAGCUGGUGCAAGACUCUGUCAGACGGGGGACCCAGAUAACCGUGGCCAAGAAACAGAACUGGGCCAAGCUUCCCUCCCUGUCGUGGGACCCCCCUAGCUCAGAGGGACCUCACAGCCCAGCACCCAGAGCCCAGGACUGGGAGAACAGCUCAGGAAAAGCCCAGGUCUCACAACAGGCCUGGAGCCAGAAGACCCUAGUGGAGGAUGGCCUGGAAAGCAGACAUUUUGAGAGGGAGCUUGGGAUCUGUGGGACUUCCUGUCAGACCUACAAUGCAGGCCUUCCAGAGCUCACCCGGUCAGUGGGGGCUUGUGUUUCCUCCAGCGUUGUAAAGGUCUCUGGCCAGGGGGCCUACCUCCAGAGCCUGGAACGCAGCAGCCGUGCCUGGGUGCUCUCCAGCGGCAAGCCCCACGUGGCGGAGGAGGUGUCUUUCUCCCUCCCCAGCCGCCUGACGGAGUGGAGGCGAGGGGUGGAUGGGGAGAGCAACAUUUGGUACAACCCCAUCCCGGAAGAGGAGGACUUGCGAGGUUUUGGAGGAGGAACGGACAGAGUCGACUACGGAGACCCCUGGAAGAGGAGGGACACUGAGGCAUCAUGGGAGAACCAGAGGGAUGUCCAGGCCGGGGACUGCGGCCUCCCAGCGGAGAGGCGGGGCAGCAGUGGCACACAGGGGAGCCCUGGGAACCCCCCCUCCAAGGACAUCGCCGUGGAAACGGCCUCAGCAGGCAGGAGGGAGAUCCCAGAUCUGGCCCAGCCGGAGGCCCAGGUGCCGGGGGCCGCGGCCGGGGGUGUCUGCACCGCGCAGGGACUCUCGGACAGCCCAGGGGCCCAGAAGAAGGGGGGCGGGGGCAGCAGCGUCAUGGACAGGAUCAAGUCCCCCGGCACGGUGCGGCGUCUGUCCCUGAAGAUGCGCAAGCUGCCAGAACUGCGGCGGAAGCUGAGCCUGCGCUCCUCGCGCUCACAGCGGCAUGGCCAGGGACAGGGCGGGGCUGGGGGCGGGGCUGGGGGCGGGGCCGGGGCUGGGGGCAGCUCCCCGCCCGACGCUCGCAAGGAGGCCUCCAGCAACGUCAUCAGCCGCUAUCACCUGGACACCAGUGCCCCAGCACGGCCGCAGCGCUGUUCCUCUAGAGGGCGCUCUUCCGGCAAGGUCGGCUACCUGAGCGACGGCGACUCCCCCGAGCUCCUGCCCAAGCAGGGGGCCCCACCCUCACCCCAGAGCACAUCCCCGCCCCCUGGGGAGGCGGGGCUAGACCCCGGUUCCUUCCAGCCGUACCGGUUGUCGGAGCAGCCGCGCUGCGCCCAGCGGGUGUCCGGGCUGCUCACAGUGCACCUGCUUGGCGCCGACCAGCUGUUCCGCUCGGCCCGGCCGGAUGUGGCCCGCGAGGUGUUCUGCGCCAUCCAGGUGGACGGCGUGACCCGGGCUCGCACGGCGCUGCUCGUGUGCCGUGGGGCCGCCCUCCCGCUCAAUCACACCUUCAACCUGGAGCUGGAGCGCGCGCGGCUGCUCAAGCUAGUCAUCCUGGCCCCACAGCCCAGCUCCCCCCCCGCCAGCACCCCCCAGGCCCCCGCCACCCCAGCCCGCAACCGAGUCUGCUGCCUGGGGGCCGUGGCUAUCCCCCCACUCUUCAGAGGCUCACGCUCACAGCAGCUGUGUGUGAAGCUGGACCCGCGGGGCCUCCUCUAUGUGAAGCUGACCCUCCUGGAGCAAUGGGAGCCAGCCCCCCCACGACCCAGCGACCUCCAGCCAGCCAGCGUGUUUGGUGUGGAGCUGCGCCACCUGGUGGAGAAGGAGGGCACUGCGCUCAAAGUUCCCCUGUUGAUCCAGAAGAGCGUGGCGGAGAUUGAAAAGAGGGGACUGAAGGUGGUGGGCCUGUAUCGUCUCUGCGGUUCGGCGGCCGUGAAGAAGGAGCUGAGGGACGCGUUUGAGCGGGACAGUGCCACGGUCACUCUGAACGAGGAGCUCUACCCGGACAUCAACGUCAUCACCGGCAUUCUGAAGGACUACCUUCGCGAGCUGCCCUCACCGCUCAUCACGCGCACGCUCUACGACGUGGUGCUGGAGGCCAUGUCUCUGCGGCCGCCCCGUGGCGCCCCCUUCAGGACGCAUGUGGACCCGCAGCAGCCCCAAAGCACGGUGGCUCUGCUGGAGUGUCUCCCGGAGCCAGAGAAGGCCACGCUCACCUUGCUCCUGGACCAUCUCAGUCUGGUCGCUUCCUACAGCCACAGCAACCGUAUGACCUGCCAGAACUUGGCAGUGUGCUUCGGACCCGUACUGCUUGCGCCCAGCCAGGAAUCCUGGAGACCCGGGGCCCCGGGGGGCCACUCUGGCACCAGCGCCCAGCGAGGGGGCCGGGGGUAUUCGCACGGCGAGGACAUCACCAGCGCCGUGGACUUCAAGAAACACAUCGAGGUCCUGCACUACCUGCUGCAGCUGUGGCCCAUCCCUGUUGACCGGGCCGUGGAUGAGCCUCCCUCCAAGCCCUCCACGUCUGGACUGGCCCCGCCGCAUGCUGCCCGCACCGCCUCCCAGGAUGCCCCACGCCAGCGGGGCCCACGCCUGCCUCUGCGCCUGGAACUGCCGCAGGAGGUGGUGGUGUCCCGGCGAGGGCGGGGCCGCCUGGAGAGCCCCCCCUGCAACAGGUACGCCGGCGACUGGAGCAUCUGCGGGGGGGACUUCCUGACAAGCGCCGAGGCCGACUACGACGAGGUGGCGGGGAGCGACAGUGAGGAGGACGAGGAGGAGGAGAGGAGGAGGCGCGAGCAGGAGGCCUUAAAGAAGGCCAGCUGGGACCCACCAGGGGGCAUCUAUGUGGACAACUUCUCCCUGGAGACUGAGGCACUGGACCUGGACGCUCCCUUCACCUGCCGGCUGAGUCUGAAGGACUUUGACACUCUGAUCUCUGAUUUGGAGAGAGAGCUGGCCAAACAGAUCAACAUCUGCCUCUGACGGCCGCGGGGAGGAAGGACACGGAAAUGCUGAUCAUUCUUUCCUUUUUUUCUUUAAUGCUCUGUUUGAAAGACCAAAGACGACAAGCAAUGAUUUUUGCUUCAAUCGGUUUAUGUAUAGGCGUAUAUUAAUACUGCCGCCAUUACGUGGGCACUGUCUGCCGUCACAGUAUGUAACUCUGUAAUUCCAAAGAGUGUCUCUGACAGGUAAUUGAGCUCUUACAUCAGGUUUGAUUAGCGUGAUAUGAAGCGGUUUCCUUUCAUUCUGGACAAUCGACAUUAAUAAGCUCGUAAAAAAAAACUCAUAUUGACAGCCAUUAAUUGCUUCAAACACCGUCUCAUGCCUGAUCUGUGCAUCUUAGGUACAUUGCGUGUUUUGUAACGUUGUCACUACAUUAGCCUUGUUUAUUUUUUUUCUGGUUAAUCUUUCCUUAAGGCUGAGAGAUGCAGGGCACAUUCUAACCGAAGUGAAGGAGCCCUUUCUGCCGUGCGUUACACCAGUGGGCACCAUCUUGUUUAGAUUAUUAUUCAGUAUUUAUCAGCCGACCUGAAGGCCGCGAAGCUCCUGCACACACGCCGAGCAGGUCGCUGCUCGCACUCACUCCCCCGACUCCCCGACUCACCAGACUAUCGACUAUUUUGCACUUUCGUACCAGACCUUUUGUAAGUUUUGUACUUGCUGCUUAUUGUAAUACAGUAUGACUUUUUGUAACUGUUAUUUGAACGGUUCCUAGGCACGGUACGGUAUUUGCCCAACUGUGACUCUAUAAACCAAAGAAGGAAUUCAACAGCCAUAUGUGUUGGGAGGUAAUUCCUGUCCCGCGUGUGAAACAGCAGACCUUGUCUUUGACGGGACAACGCCAAGCAUUUCUUUUGGGUCGACUUUCGUGUGACUUUUGUGUAAUUUGUUUGUAUUUUGUUUAGUUGUAUAAACAGUAUUACUUGAUGUUGCACAUACAACAAGCACUUGUCUUAUUUUCUAUAUCUGUAAAUGUUUCUGUGUGUGUCAAAAUGGGGUACUGUAACAUGCCAUACAGUGUUAUCUACCAAAAAUUACAGUCAUCAAAAAAUAAAGCACAGUAUUAUAUUUAA